AUGUCAAUCUAUGAAGGGUUCGAGAUUCACCUCUCCUUGGUUCACAUCCGAAAGACUGACUAUCUAUUUGCGCGAACGAAACCAACGCCAUCAAAGUCUGAUAGACCGACUUUCAAUUUCCGCGAUCAAAACCAACACCAUCGAAGGUUACAAGGUGAUCAACAGGCUUCCAAGGCGAUCAACAGGCUUCCAAGGCGAUCAACAGGCGGUUAUCCAAGGCUAAUCGACUGUGCUCUUAUUUCCGCAAUGGACGGGGCUUCAAAGUGA